UCCCUCCUUUUCUUCCUUGUUUUUCUGUAGCGUUUGUUUGGUGAGUCUGUGAGAGCGCAAUGGAGAAUAUCCUGGGAGGCAACAUUGUUGGGGCGGAGAUGAGGCCGAAGACUAAGAUUGUCUGCACGUUGGGACCGUCGUCUAGGUCGGUGGCCAUGUUGGAGAGGCUUCUUAGGGCGGGGAUGAACGUCGCUCGCUUCAACUUCUCUCAUGGCACUCAUACUUACCACCAAGAGACCCUCGAUAAUCUCAGGACUGCCAUGAACAACACCGGCAUUCUCUGCGCCGUCAUGUUGGAUACUAAGGGUCCAGAGAUUCGAACUGGGUUUUUGAAGGAAACAAAACCCAUACAACUCCAACAGGGUCAAGUGAUUACCAUCAGCAAUGACUAUAGCAUACUAGGUGAUGAAAAUAUGAUAAGCAUGAGCUAUUCAAAGCUGGCUGAGGAUUUGAAGCCACAAAGUGUUAUUCUUUGUGCUGAUGGGACUAUUACACUUACUGUUCUGGAGUGUGAUAAGGAACAGGGUUUGGUACGUUGCCGAUGUGAAAACUCUGCAGUUUUGGGUGAGAGGAAGAAUGUCAAUCUUCCAGGAGUUAUUGUUGAUCUGCCAACCUUAACUAAUAAAGACAAAGAGGACAUUUUGAAAUGGGGAGUUCCAAAUAAGAUUGACAUGAUUGCUCUGUCUUUUGUUCGCAAAGGUUCUGACCUUGUGGAAGUUAGAAAACUGCUGGGACCACAUGCAAAGAACAUUCUUCUCAUGUCAAAGGUGGAGAAUCAAGAAGGCGUUGCUAAUUUCGAUGAUAUCCUAUCAAACUCAGAUGCAUUUAUGGUGGCAAGAGGCGACCUAGGAAUGGAAAUUCCCAUUGAAAAGAUAUUCUUAGCUCAAAAAAUGAUGAUAUUGAAGGCCAACAUACAAGGAAAACCAGUGGUGACUGCCACUCAGAUGCUGGAGUCCAUGAUCAAAUCUCCUCGGCCUACUCGAGCUGAAGCCACUGAUGUUGCUAAUGCAGUUCUUGAUGGCACCGACUGUGUGAUGCUUAGCGGAGAAACUGCUGCCGGAGCCUAUCCUGAAAUUGUUGUGCAAACCAUGGCAAGAAUUUGCAUAGAAGCAGAGGGUUUUAUAGACUAUGGAGAUCUUUUUAAAAGAAUAAUGGAAAAUGCACCGAUCCCUAUGAGCCCAUUGGAGAGCUUGGCAUCUUCAGCGGUGAGUACAGCCCGUUGCAUUAAAGCAGCUCUGAUUGUGGUCCUAACAAAAGGUGGAAGCACAGCAAAGCUGGUGGCUAAGUAUAGGCCAAGCAUGCCAAUCCUGUCGGUGGUGGUUCCAGAGGUAGCAACCGAUUCUUUCGAGUGGUCCUGCAGCGAUGAAACUCCGGCGAGGCAUAGCCUUAUUUAUCGGGGUCUGGUGCCAGUUUUGAGCACAGCUUGUGCAAUAGCUUCACAUGCAGAGUCAACCAAAGAGAUCGUAGAAAUGGCCCUCCAACAUGCAAAGGCGAAGGGACUUUGCAAACCUGGAGACUCGGUCGUGGUGUUGCAUAAAGUUGAGACUGCCACUGUGAUCAAGAUCUUGACGGUUGGUUGAUUGAUUGAGGGAAGUUUUGGGUUAAUGUUAGGCAGGAGUUUGCAGCUUUCAAUUUUGUUGUCUUUUCUUGUUGUUUAGCAC